GCCGUCAACGAACGAACCCCUCCCCUCCUCAAGACCCUCCUCUUCAAGAUGCCGUUCGUCAAGAAGAUCAAGUCCGACGCAUACUUCUCGCGCUUCCAGGUCAAGUACCGUCGGCGGCGGGAGGGCAAGACCGACUACUAUGCGCGUAAGCGGCUGGUGACCCAGGCAAAGAACAAGUACAACGCUCCGAAGUACCGCCUGGUCGUCCGCUUUACGAACAAGGAGGUUAUCGUUCAAAUCGUCUACGCCCGCCUCCAGGGUGACUUUGUCCUCACCGCUGCCCGCUCGAAAGAGCUGCCUCGCUACGGCAUCAACCACGGUCUCACCAACUGGACUGCUGCUUACGCGACUGGUCUCCUUGCCGCUCGUCGUGCUCUGACCAAGCUUGGCCUCGCUGACAAGUACGAGGGUGUUACUGAGCCUGAUGGCACCCUCGCCCUAACGGAGGAGCUCGACGGCGAGGACGAGCCCCGUCCUUUCAAGGCGUACCUUGACGUUGGUCUCAAGCGCACGUCGACCGGUUCUCGCGUGUUCGGUGCCCUCAAGGGUGCGUCGGACGGCGGUAUCUUCAUUCCCCACAACGAGAAGCGCUUCCCUGGCUACGACCCCGAGUCUAAGGAGCUCGACGCCGAGGUCUUGAAGAAGUACAUCUUCGGUGGUCAUGUGGCGGAGUACAUGGAGUCGCUCGAGGAGGAGGAUGACGAGCGCUUCAAGAAGCAGUUCUCGACCUACCUUGCAGACGGCAUCGGCUCAGAGGAUAUUGAGGAGAUCUAUACCAACGCAUACGCCGCCAUCCGCGAGGACCCCACGUUCAAGCCUACCGAGAAGACGAAGGACUGGGCUGCCGAGAGCAAAAAAUACAGGAGUCCCAAGCUUACUCUGGAGCAACGCAAGCAGCGCAUCCAGGAGAAGAUCGACGCGUUCCGUGCCGAGAACGAGGAGUAGACACCUGUUCUCGUUUCUUCCGGGAUCUCGACCUUUCCAUGUAUCACUUUACGCACACCCCUACGCCGCCUAUGGUCCAAAAACUAGGCUAUGCUAUUGCCAUGCUGUCACUGCAGAUACCACCAGACCAUCGUGUGCGCACAAAUUUUGGCAAAGAGAACGGCAAUGUGUCACCGACCCAAAGACGACUCUAUGGUAUGUCGUACCCAUUCGAAGAGAGAUAGUUGCCCGCCAGGUCGGUAUGCCUCAACAAGAGAGGGUCGGGCAUCGCGACCCGACCUUGACGCAGUACAUGAGACGGUAUCGCCAGUGAAAUUGAUCUGGAAGUUGAGGACGCAGCCCUCCCAUCUUCCAACACUCCUACCACUUAGAAGGUCGACGAACCAGGUCCCGUUGACUCGCUCGCAUAGCCCUGUUCCCAUUUCGCAUAUCCGACUCAAGAGACCUCCGCAGACCUCGUCCACGAGUAACUGGGUGAGUUGAGAGAUAGAGGCAAUAGGCAGCGUGGCUUGUGGUAAGUGCACAAUGAGAGUCGAUGGUGACGCCGUCGUGAAUCGCAAUGUGUGCCUAUCAUCCAGUCGAAGCAAUGCAUCGCCACCGAUGGGCUUCGGCUCGUCGUUGAGGAGGUUUGCAACGAGGGUCUUACCACUGUCAGCUACCGGGUCGUAAUGCACUUUGGUAGACACGCCUGCAAGACGCAAUGCUGCCACCACGCGGUCAAUCUCGUCACGUACGCGCUCCCAAAACUCGCGGUACUGUAGAAUGUCGAUUACCGGUAGCAGGACGGGGGGCAAUUGCACGAUAGGCACGGGUGCGAUACUGGCCUUGUUCAGUCUGGUGCUCUUCGACACUCGGUGUGCACGCGACAAAAGGAUGUGAAGGAGGGAGUACAAGAGGUCGCAGUAAGAAUCGAGCUUUCCGUCGUCGUUGCGGAGGCUCUCGCCAUCGACCAAUUCAAAACGGAGCUCCGUGCUCUGAGCAGCGUCAAUGACGAUGAGACGCUCCGAAACUUCGGCCGACGCCGUGGGCAGGCUACUUGCUUCCCUAAUUAAUGCUGAAAACACUUCCUGCUCUACGAUCUCCGCUUGGGCGGCACGGAGGGCGCCAUCCAGCGUUCCGUCAUCGGGGUCCGAGAGGACAUUAUAGGUUGCGUGUCGUGAACCAUCCGGCGAUACGCGGAUGAUUGAGACGCGUAGGCGUGUCCGCUGACGCAUGGGGAACUCCAAUGAGGUUCCAUCUGAAGUCGACAUACGCCCUAUCGCGCGUCGGCGAAACGAUGCCGGAGACUCCUCGAGCCCGUAUGAAAUGAGGAAGUCUUUGGACGUCUCAUUCGCGCCUUUUCCGGUAGCAGACCCGAGCGGCAAUGGGGCAGGAAUGAGACCCCAGUUUCCUCGUCUGAUCUUGAGGGCGUCCACCCAG